AUGCUGUCCACGAGAACGGCGCCCAAGAAGGCCGUCGGCCUCUCACGGACCGCCGUGAGGGGUCUGGCUACUGUCCAGGACGGCGCCCCGAAGCGAACAUACGGUGGUCUACGAGACCAGGAUCGCAUUUUCCAGAACCUCUAUAACCGAUAUCCCGUGGACCUCAAGAGUGCUAGGAAGAUGGGCGAUUGGCACAAGACCAAGGAGAUUAUUCUCAAGGGACACGAUUGGAUCAUCAGCGAGGUCAAGGCCUCCGGUCUUCGAGGACGAGGUGGUGCUGGUUUCCCCUCGGGUCUCAAAUGGUCUUUCAUGAACUUCAAGGACUGGGACAAGGACACCAAGCCCCGUUACCUUGUCGUCAAUGCCGAUGAGGGUGAGCCCGGAACCUGCAAGGACCGUGAGAUUAUGCGAAAGGACCCACACAAGCUCAUCGAGGGAUGUCUUAUUUCUGGCCGAGCCAUGAACGCAACCGCCGCCUAUAUCUACAUCCGUGGUGAAUUUGUCGAGGAGGCUGCUGUUCUCCAGCGAGCCAUCAACGAAGCCUACGCCGCCGGCCUGAUCGGAAAGAACGCCUGUGACUCCGGCUACGACUUCGAUGUUUACCUGCACCGAGGUGCUGGUGCCUACGUCUGUGGUGAGGAGACUUCUCUUAUUGAGUCUCUGGAGGGCAAGCCUGGAAAGCCUCGUCUCAAACCCCCGUUCCCUGCUGCCGUCGGUCUUUUCGGAUGCCCUUCAACUGUUACCAACGUCGAGACUGUUGCGGUUGCCCCUACUAUCUGCCGACGAGGAGGAAGCUGGUUUGCUGGCUUCGGCCGUGAGCGUAACCAGGGCACCAAGUUGUUCUGUAUCUCUGGCCAUGUCAACAACCCCUGCACUGUUGAGGAGGAGAUGUCCAUUCCUCUGCGUGAGCUGAUUGACAAGCACUGUGGUGGUGUUCGAGGUGGAUGGGAUAACCUUUUGGCUGUCAUCCCCGGUGGUUCUUCUACUCCUGUUCUCCCCAAGCACAUCUGCGAUGACCAACUGAUGGACUUUGAUGCCCUCAAGGACAGCCAGUCUGGUCUUGGCACUGCUGCUGUUAUCGUUAUGGAUAAGAGCACCGAUAUUGUCCGAGCUAUCAGCCGUCUCAGCCACUUCUACCGCCACGAGAGCUGCGGCCAGUGCACACCUUGCCGAGAGGGUAGCAAGUGGACAGAGCAGAUGAUGAAGCGAUUUGAGAAGGGUCAGGCCCGCGAGCGUGAGAUUGACAUGCUCCAGGAGCUCACCAAGCAGGUUGAGGGUCACACUAUUUGCGCUCUGGGAGAGGCCUUCGCCUGGCCUAUUCAGGGUCUUAUCCGACACUUCCGACCUGAGCUGGAGGCUCGUAUCCAGAAGUUCUCUCAGGAGCAUGGUGGUGAGGCCCUUGCUGGUGGAUGGAACCAUAAUGCCAGAGCCCAAGGCAAGUUGGUGUCUCCCGGUCAAUAA